AUUCACGUAUCUUGCCAUGUUAUUGUCUCUUCACUACUGUGUACUUUGGUAUAUAAUAAAACCGUGAUAGUUUGGGACUCAAUCAGGGAAAUAACUACACAAUUAAGGUGGGAUUAUGACACAAUUAAACUCAAGUUAUGUGAAAAUAGCAACUAAAAAGUAACACAUAUAUAAGUUUUAUUACUUCUUUAUAUUGGCCAUCAAAUAAAAAAAAGCAACACAUACAGUAACAGCCAAAGAUAUAUUACACCCAAUCGUAUUCUAAUUGAUAUAUACCAUAUGACUACUUACUACUAAGUCUAAGACAAUAAAUUCCACAACUUUAUUUCCAGCAAUUGAUCAGUUGGUAAGUUGUGGAUGCAUAUGUUAGUGAUUUACCAAACAUAAUUUAUCACCUCAGUGAUGUACCAAACAUAAUUUAUCAUCUCAAUGAAUUGUAAAAUUUUUUGUGUCUUUACACAUGUAAUUUAUUAAUGUUAUUUUUACAUAAUGGUUGACUAUUAAACAAUGCUAUGGACACAACUUAUUCCACAAAUUUUUUUACAAGCUGUUAAGAUACCAAUUUUUUUUUUUUUUUUUAAAGAAAUGUUAAGAUGCCAAGUUGUGAGUGGUAGAUAAUUUCUUUCACAUGGACUUACACUAACAUCACUUUUAUUUUCCACCCCAUUAUAACCUAUCAAUAUUUCAACAAGCAGUUGUAGAAAAUGUUGAUUUUAAAAUAAUCAUCUCUUCUAUAAAAUAAAUUCCUCUCACUUUUAACAUUUUAAGAUUUUUUUCUGUAUUUUUUUUUCAUUUUACUUUUAAUUAUUUAAUUUUGAUAAUUACACAUGAAUAAAGAACACCACUACUUGUACAUGAAUAUUCUAAGGUUUUGUGUAGCAAGUAAUAAAGAGUCACUCAAGUGGACAGGUGUUCAAUUCGACAAAGUACCAACAGGGUCUAUCAGAAUUCAUGCAGGAAAAUCCAAAAGCCUCUUCCAUAAUCCAUUCGUCACAACAUGAGCCUGCAACCACCACGUGUGCUCACACCCAAUGGCGGACCAUCACAAGGACUGAAGGGGGCCUUGGCCACCCCCAAAUAUUUGAAAAAAAUUAAUGAUUUUUUUUUUUGGAAUUAUCGUAAAUAAUUUGGAAAUUUUUAAAAGAACCUUGUCCUUUUGGCACUCUAUCCCCCGAUAAUAUACAUAUAUAUUUAAGAAAGUCUAAAAAUAAACAUAACUUUCAUUUAAAUAGGAAUAUAAUAUUAGAGAUACAAACUAUUUUAUAAAAAAUAUUACAAACUAUUGAUGUGAUAAGUGGUUAUUGGUAAAUGAAAAAAUGAUAUUAAUGGUAGGUCUAGAUGAAAAUCAAUAAAAGGUUGGCCACAUCAACAUUUUGUAAAAAUAUUGUAAAAUAGAAUACAAUCUAAAAACUUUUUUUUUCUUUUCAGUUCUUUCCUUUUCCCACUACUACUGCAGUUUUGUGUUUACAAUAUAAAAGUAAAAGUUCUGUGUGACUAAAUUAGACAAGAAAGAGUGAAAGACAAAUUUGAAGCUUUCGUAGGCCCCUCACCCAUGUAUAGUGCUCCUGUACGUGUUACUUUAUUUUUCAUUUGCUUUCUUUUUUAUAUAUAUUCCUUAUAAUACAUUAUUUGUUAUUAUAAUAAUCAAUAUAUUAUAUACUAUACGGCAUUAUAAUUUAUAAAUGUACUUGAUUAAUUUGAUUAAAAUAUACAAUAUAUAUUGCUAUAUUAACAUGUAUUUAGCACUUCAAAAAAAAAAAAAAUAUAUAUAUAUAUAUAUAUUUAGUUGUUGUUUAUAGCACAUAUUGAGUUACGAAGUAUUGUAAAUUACUAUUUUAGAUUUCAUACACACACAAAAUUUUAUAAAUGGCCCCCCCAAGAUAAAUUCUUGGCUUCGCCACUGCUCACACCCUUUAUGCAUGUAAUCAUGGUAUCGAGUAGCUAGCACUAUAUGUCAAACCUCAAGCUCUCCUGCCUUAUAUAUCUUGCUUCCUUUUCUCUCUCAAUUCACCUACCAAACUAAGCAAUAAUCUCUUCCUCUACAGCAAUUCUUGAGUGAAUUGAAGCUUUUUGGUGAUGGCUCUCUUUAACACUAUAUUGAAUUGGGUGGUGCCUCCGGAAAGUUUGGUGAUGCUACUAGCCUUUGCAUGGCCAACUUUGUGCUUCAUCAAUGCUUGUGAGUGGGUCUACAACUCCAUAUAUAAUGAAAAUAUGGAAGAUAAAGUGUUGGUCAUUAUCACUGGAGCUUCCUCAGGAAUAGGAGAGCAAAUUGCAUAUGAAUAUGCAAAGAGGAGGGCAAAUCUUGUAUUGGUUGCCAGACGAGAGAACAGGCUCCGAGUGAUCAGUGAGAACGCAAGGCGAAUUGGUGCAAAUCAUAUCACAAUUAUAGCUGCAGAUGUUGUCAAGGAAGAGGAUUGUAGGAGAUUUGUUAAUAAGACAAUAAAAUUCUAUGGGCGUGCCGAUCAUCUUGUAAACGCUGCGAGUUUGGGGCACAGAUUCUACUUUGAGGAAGUGACUGAUACAUCCGUGUUUCCACAUUUAAUGGACAUAAACGUUUGGGGAAAUGUCUAUACAACAUAUAUUGCUUUACCUUAUCUACAUCACAGCAAUGGUCGAAUUAUUGUUAAUGCCUCAGUAGAUAACUGGUUAUUACCUCUGCCAAGAAUGAGUUUAUAUGCUGCUGCUAAGGCAGCUCUUGUGAACUUCUAUGAGACACUGAGAUUUGAAGUGAAAGAUGAUGUUGGAAUAACGAUUGCAACACAUAGUUGAAUUGGCAGUGAAAUAACUGGAGGCAAGUUUAUGGUAGAGGAUGGUGCAGAGAUGCAAUGGAAGGAAGAAAGAGAAGUACAUGUGACUGGUGGAACUGCGGAGGACUACGCUAGGUUGAUUGUAUCCGGGGCAUGCCAAGGAGACUCAUACAUGAAGUUUCCAAGUUGGUAUGACAUAUUCCUUCUAUACAGGGUUUUUGCACCAAACAUUCUCAAUUGGACACUCCGAAUUCUGCUCUCAACUCAUGGCUCAAGAAGAACAUCCCUUGUGGGCACAGGGAGGCCCCUUUUGGAUUACAGUGGAAGGCCUCUAUUGUAGGGCACAUCUCCUAGUAAAUUUGUAGCUAGUCCUACUCAUUAUGCUCAAUUCAGUCCCCAACAGGUAAAAUGAGAAAAAAAUUGCUUUCAGAAGUAUAUGUAUCCAUGUACCUAGCAAGUAGCAUCUAUUAGAUUUAAUAUUCUAUGU